UCUCUCUCUGUCCAUCCCUCUGUUCCGUUCCCGGCUUCAUUCUUGUGAGUCCGUCACCGUCCCGCCUGUAUGCUGCCACUGGAUCUAAGUCUGCUGGAUUACCGCGCCGUUUCUCCGCUCAUUAUUCCUGACGCCUGCUUUUCCUCGGCAGGCAAAGUUGGGCAUCCAGAAACUACAUGGUGACUGCCUGUAUAUUUUUUAUGCUGUUUAAGCUUCAAAAUGAUUUCACUCUUCAUUGGAAGAAGUGUAAUUUUUAUAUGACAGAGAAAAGAGCUCUGUCUCUUUUUGGGGGAUUGUAUACUUACAGGAUAGGCUAGUGAUUUUGCAAUAUUUUGAACUUCGUUGUCUGGUGAUUUGGUCGUGAGGGACAAGAUGGGUGGGGUUAAAAAUGUAAGAAAUGGAGAUGUCUUGACAUGGUUUUUUUAUCGAACAGACAUUCUAACCUCAAUCACCCUUCUUUAUUUUGACUGAUGAUGUGACCUUACUGGUCUUUGUUUUGGCUGUUUGUUUUAGUGUUGGUGUGUUUAUUUAUCAUCACACUGGAGGGUCAACGUUGGAUGUUUGACUGCACUUGAACUUUCACCUUCUCCAGCUAUUUCCUUUUCCAGGGGGCUCUGAACCUAACCCCCAUAUCUGUAACACCGCGUAGAACCCCUCUCCCCCUCUGGGGCUCUCCCUGGACCUUCCCAUCUCUCUCUGCUGCUUGAGGACAGAGACAGCCCCACCAGGAGAGGGGUUGUUGGGUAGGAAGACACCCCCCUCCCAAAGGUGAGAGGGGGGGAAGAUGGCAGCUCUCGCCAGCUCUCUCAUCAGACAGAAACGGGCGGUCAAGGACGACGGACAAAACCGACCUGUAGCCAACAAAAGGAAGCCCUGUCCCAAGAGCAACAAGUCUCUGUGCCAGAAACAGAUCUUAGUCCUUAUCUCUAAAGUAAGGCUAUGUGGGGGUCGAAAAGGUCGAAACGAAAAGAGACCGGAGCCCCAGUUGAAAGGCAUCGUUACCAGGCUGUACAGUCAGCAUGGAUACUACCUGCAGAUGCAGCCGGAUGGCACCAUGGAUGGCACAAGGGACGAAGGCAGCUCCUUCUCACAAUUCAACUUGAUUCCUGUGGGUCUGAGGAUCGUGGCGAUCCAGGGGGCGAAGACAGGGCUCUACCUGGGCAUGAACAGCGAGGGGUACCUCUACACCUCUGAACACUUCACUCCAGAGUGUAAGUUCAAGGAGAGUGUGUUUGAGAACUACUACGUGACCUACUCCUCCAUGCUCUACCGCCAGAACCAGUCGGGCCGCUCCUGGUAUAUCGGUAUCAACCGCGACGGACAGGUUAUGAAGGGCAACCGGGUGAAGAAGACCAAAGGAGCCGCACACUUCCUGCCUAAAGUUAUAGAAGUUGCCAUGUACAAGGAGCCAUCGCUACACGAACUAGUCAAUGAACAGAAAGAAAAAGAGAAGGAAAAAGAGAAGGAAAAAGAUAAAGACAGCCCCGCUCGGAAGACACUGAAGACGUCAGAAGAACGUCAUGAAAUAACAUUCUCCAUCAAGAACUGCAGGAAAGAGAAAAAAGCUCCCAAGGCUGAUGCCUCGUAGCACAGGGGACCUAGGGGAGGGGAGGGGGAGCAGUGACACUGAGAACUCAAUGGGGACUCAAUCACCGAUCAUACGUUGGGCUGGCUGGAGGAAUGGCCCUCAUGGGCCCCCUUUACCAGAAGUGCACUGGGCUGCACCAUGCUGAAGUGCCAGGGGUCAACAGCUCAUCAGCAGCUCACCAGGUCUGGUUCUGGGAGGGUUUCUUCUCACCUGUCACCAGAGAGAGAGAGAGAUGGACCAGGGCCCGAGCCAGCAUCACCACCCUUCCUCCCUGUCAAUCACCUCUACCCCUCCUCUAGUACACUCACUACCAAAAGCACAGCCUGUGUCAUGCCUCUUUAAAUGAUCUACUGCCCUCCAUCACCUGUCUCAAUUUUCAGAAAUCACCUACCCUCGCCCACACACAGUCAUUUCUAAUCAGUGUAUUUUGAUGUGUGUGCGUGCGAUUGUGUGUGUGUAUGUUGGAGAAAAAGUGUGUAACACUAAUCACUUUAUGUCAUCAUAAUCGCUAUGCGUGGGUCCACUCUUCUAAGUAAUGGAAAUCACCAUGGUGACAGUGUCGCCAUGCCUGGCCUCCACCAUCUGCCCACCUGCAAAUCACACACCCCACAGCUGGACUUGGGCCAUCAAAGUGAUGUUUUAUUGGACAACAUCAGGGGGAUCUAUUUAUAUUUGAUAGUAGGCCUGUCUGUUGAACGGCAGUCAGCCAAUCAAUUUAAAAAAUGCCAAAUGUUCUGCUGAAAGAGAAAAGUCAAGCCAGCUCUUUUGGGAUCAGAGAUAUCUACAGGCUACAGGAUAACUUUUUCAGUGACCAGCCUUUUCUAGCUCACUCUUUCAAAGUCCAUUUCUCCUUUGAUCAAUCACAAUGAGGAAAUAAAUGGAGGGAACUGAAGAAGUUUAUAAUAUUAAAUCAUGAGGAUGAUGUAAAGGAUGAUAAUGAUGAUGAUAAGGAUAACGAUAAUUACAAUGGUUACAGUGAUUAUGGUGAUAUUGAUGAUUCAACUGCCGCAUAACCUUGCAACAAUCUCACAGGCAAAAUAACGAGACAGAAAUGUCAGGGUGUUCCAUUAACUGAAGUUGAUAGCCAUUUGCCCUUCUGGAGCCAUGAAAGCAACAUGUCCAAAUUACUAUUAGAACCCUGACUGGUACAUGACUGCCAUGUGUGGCCCACAUAACAGUAGCCUGACAGAGAUGAUUUCAGAUUGGGCUCAGCAGGCUGAUUCUGAGCAUGUGAGAGAGUGAUGGAGCUAAAUGCCCUCUGGGCCCAAUGUUAUUAUGAUGCAACUCUUUGAAGGUUAUUUCCUGGGGAUUUUAUGGAAUACAGCCAUAAUUGCUUAAGUUAUUCGCUUAAAUGUAUGUAAAAAAAAUAUAAUGUAACAUGUCUCUGCAAUAUUUGUACAGGUUUGAGUCUCUGUCAGAGCUGGGCUGUGUUAAAAAAGAAAGUACGGCAUUUUAUACAAGUGAAGGAGAUAGUGACAGUGGUUAUGAAUGUGUAUGCUUAAAAAACUCCCAAUUGCUAGCCUCCAAAACUCACCUUGUGGUGCUCAUAAUUCACUAAACUAUUUCAGAUAAAUGGUAAGGAUUGGACCUGUUAAAUCUGAUUAAAUUCUCUGUCACCUGAAAGGUAGUGCUAGUGACCGCUGAGUGUAUCCUUUGCUUGGCAACUGUUGUCGACAUGAAGCAGAGUUUAAAGCUGACAUCAAAGUCUGAGGAGGCUCUUAACUGGAGCACAAUAGAUAUAUGAGACUUUCUGGAUGAGUUUUUAUAAGACACAGCUGGAGCACCUACUUGCUAUUCUAAAGACAUCUCACUGCUUAUCCCCUCACCAGAGUUAUCAAAUCACCACAGAGGAAUCUACUCGCAAAUAUGGAUUUCUUUGUGUGCGUGGCUGUUUGUGAUUGUGUUCUUCUCCCAGUGUAUGGAUGUUUGUGGGAAUAUGUGAGUUUAUUUUGGGAGUGCAUAGUGUGUGUAUCCAUGUUUGUGCAAGUGUCUGUUUCAGUGUGUGUAUGUGUGUGUUGAGUGGGAGGGGACUUCUACAAUGUCCUUCAUACUGGACAUGGGGCACUGUGAGGGGUGUCUUAGUGAUGUCCUUCUCUGGGGAGAUGACGUUUGGGUGACAAAUGGCCACCUUUCAAACACAGCACUGCCACUGCAUUGUUAUUGGCCUGAGAGUGCUGAAGAAAGCAAUGGGCAGUAACAUCUGAAACAAAUCAUGGACAUAACAGUACAACAUACACAGGGACAUCCUGGUGUACAGAAGGCUGAUUUUCUGAGCAUGGGGAUAUAUGCAGUAAAAUGCCCAAAGGCAUUGCUGCGUAGCUUGUUCCUGCCAUGGCGGCUGUGCUGUCAGAGUGAGAUAGCAGGGGUGUUCUGUGUGACCAGCUCCUGUCCUGUCUAGUGGGUCACUGAGAAGGGAUGGCAGCACAAGUGAGCUUAUACCACCGUCCCUUAGAGAGCUCCUCUAUAAGAAACAGGCAAUAGCAGUGGACUGCCUGUAAAUAUGUUACACAACAUUACAGAAGAUGAGGGAAAACACAGAGAGGGAAAAUACAUAACAAAUGAAAAUCAAAUCAAAUUUUAUUGGUCACAUACAGUACACGUGUUUAGCAGAUGUUAUUGCAGGUGUAGCGAAGUGCUUGUGCUUCUAGUUCCGGCAGUGCAGCAAUAUCUAACAAGUAAUAUCUAACAAUUUCACAACAUAUACCCAAUACACACAAAUUUAAAGUCAAGGAAUGGAAUUAAGAAUAUAUAAAUAUAUGGAUGAGCAAUGUCAGAGCGGCAUAGACUAAGAUACAGUAAAAUAGUAUAGAAUGCAGUAUAUACAUAUGAGAUGAGUAAUGCAAGAUAUGUAAACAUUAUUAAAGUGACAUUAUAAGAAUGUUACACACGUUCCCAAAAUGUACAGAAUGUGAGAAGGAUGUUUUGGGCAUGUUAUUGAGGAUCAGAGUAUGUCUGAGAUGGUCUAGAAUGUUCUAAGAGGGUCAGAGUGUGUAGGCAGUCGUUGAGAUACAGUCAUGUUCUGAAAUACCAAGCCUGCUUUUUGGGGAUGUAGACUUAUCUGAGAACGUUUUUGGGUUAGACUUAAUAUUAGGGAAUGAGGGUUCCUUGCUGAGUUCUAACGUAUGAGGAGGAAACUUCACUAGUUCUGAGAUAGAAUGUAAGGCAGAGAAAGUUAGCAAGUUCUGAGGAAGAAUGUGAGGCAGAGAAAGUUAGCAAGUUCUGAGGAAGAAUGUGAGGCAGAGAAAGUCAGCAAGUUCUGAGAAAGAAUGUGAGGCAGAGAAAGUCAGCAAGUUCUGAGAAAGAAUGUGAGGCAGAGAAAGUCAGCAAGUUCUGAGAAUGUGAGGCAAAGAAAGUGUACUAUGAGAAAGAGGAAGUCAAUGAGAGUCAAAGAAAGUUCAAUAGUUUUGAAAUAGAAUGUGAGACAGAGAAAGAGGAAGUCACUUAGAGUCAAAGGAAGUUCAAUAGUUCUGAGAUAGAAUGUGAGGCAGAGAAAGUUCACUAGUUCUGAGAAACAAUGAUAGGCAGAGGAAGUUCACUAGUUUUGAUGUAGAAUGUGAGACAAACUGGUUCUCUAGGUCUGAAACAGAAUGUGAGGCAAAGUUCACCAGUUCUGUUAUUGAAUGUGAGGCAGUAAAAGUUCACUAGUUCUGAGAUAGAAUGUAAGGCAGAGAAAGUUUACUAUGAGAAAGAGGAAGUCAGAGUCAAAAGAAAGUUUAAUGGUUUUGAAAUAGAAUGUGAGGCAGAAAAAGUUCACGUUUUGUGAUAGAAUGUGAGGCAGAAAAAGAGGAAGUCACUGAGAAAGUCAGUUCUGAGAAAGAAUGUAAGACAGCAAAAGUUUUAAGAAAUAAUGUGAGGCAGAGAACGUUCUGAGAUAGAAUGUGGGACAGAGAAAGUGCACUAGUUCUGAGAAAGAAAGUAAGACAAAGACAGUUCAAUUGUUCUGAGAUAAAAUGUGAGGCAGAAAAAGUUUACUAUGAGAAAGAGGAAGUCAAUGAGAGUCAAAGGAAAUUCAAUAGUUUUGAGGCAGAAAACGUUCACACGUUUUGUGAUAGAAUGUGAAGCAGAGAAAGAGGAAGUCACUUAGAGUCAAAGGAAGAUAAAUAGUUCAGAGAUAGAAUGUGAGGCAGAGAAAGUUCACUAGUUUUGAGGUAGAAUGUGAGACAAACUGGCUCACUAGUUCUGAUAUUGAAUGUGAGGCAUAGACAGUUCACUAGUUCUGAAAUAGAAUGUGAGGCAACGUUCACUCAUUCUGAUACUGAAUGUGAGGCAGUGAAAGUUCACUAGUUCUGAUAUUGAAUUUGAGGCAGUGAAAUUAUAUUAAAUGCGAAGCAGGACUGUUUGGCAGUGGUGGAAAAAGUACCCAACUGUCAUACUUGAGUAAAAGUAAAGAUACCUUAAUAGAAAAUGACUCAAGUAAAAGUCAA